AUUUCACAAUGAUAGUAUAGAGAGUGCGAGUUUAAGUUCUAGAAAGUGGACGUGUACAGUAUGUGUAACCUGGGGUUUGUGUCGUGUUGUGCACUGUAGUGUAGCGCUUCGGGCUCAUUUCAUAAUGUGCGAACACGACAUCUGUUUGCCGUCUCAGUUUUUCUCGGCUGUCACGUUUAAAGCUCUCGACUAUGUUUUCGAGGCCGCCACCAGUUUGAAGGUCGUGACGCGCGUGCUGGCGCUGCCGGUGCCGGUGCCGUCCCUUCCUGGAACCGGUGACCUGUACGCUCACAGCGGCGCGUUGCCUGACAUCACGUACAGGACGCCGUGGGUCCGAGAAAAGGUGAUCUCCACCUGUAAGUUCUUAAUCAGUGGAUCUGCGUUCGAUGACUUGGGAGGAAAAAAACAAUCCGUUCAUUUACCGGAAAGAUAUAAUGUGACCUUGAGUGAGACACAACUGGAUGUGGAUGUACUACCCACUUUAAAUUCACUACAGCAUCAGGACCAGCAUGAGUUUGUGUGUCCUUUCACACAAAGGGAUCCAUGUCUGGAGUCCUUCUUCAAGUGGACGACUGACGGGACAGAACCUGCACAUGAGAACAAAGAGCUACUGCUGCCAGAAGAGUUUGUGGGUCUUGAUUACCUGCCACAUUUUAAGAGGUAUUUGCCAUCACUGAAAGCCAAAGUGUCGAGGCUGAGGACUCUUCAUGUGGCUGACCCCCUGCUGAGCGCAACAGGACACCCCAUCUCUGAGGACACUCUGUUUAGACAGUAUGUGUCAUAUGAAAGACCUCCUGAUGUGAAAACCAGUGACUUUCAGUGGUGUGUGAACAUUCAUGAGGAGUUUGGAAAAGAAUUAUUUUUGGAAGAGUCUUUAGUGUUGCCUUUUGUACUGGACACUGUUGAACUCACCGCAGAAAACGUCACUUCGUUCUCAAAUGUUUGUGGUCAAAUAAGCGUUGCUCCUGAACCACUAGAUGAGCAGCCACCAGUCCUGGAUGUGCUUAAUCAGGCUUCACAUGCAUCAACAUCAGUGGAUAUUUCACAGUAUGAUGCACCAGAGGAGGCCACCAGGGAUAACAAAAUAAACAAAGGCCUGAUGGAGUCAGAGAUGGCAGGAUGUUUGGUGCCUCUAAGUGAAAUAGAGCUGGAUCUGAUUCUCACCCAAACUCCCAAGAACAGUCCGAUCAAACUCGGUCUGUCCUCUGGAUUGCAAAAGGAAGGCUUGUCUCCACCCUGUAGACAAGCUUUGAUAUCUACCAGAGCUUGGAAUGAUAUGCAGAUGGGCCUUUGGAAGGCAGAGAAGCACCCCGUCUUUGUGGUUGGAUUCCUGUUAGCAGAGCCUCAAAUAGAUGAAACAGCUGUUGACUUCCAGCCUUUGUCUGAAGCCUUGAACAUCAUCAAACUGAAAGAUGCUACUUUUCUUCAAGUUGACGAGUUGCAAUCACAGAUGACGGAGGGAACCCCACCGAUGUAUGUGUGCAGCGACUAUGUGAUCACAGACAGCAUGAGGUCCGAGUUUUCCUGCACAGAGUCCAAGGAGAAGGUGGAAGACUUUGAAAAACGGCCACUUGAACACUUUAACUUUACAGUCAGAUCCAUCCUGAUGAGUCCCAUUCACACAACCCAGGUGCCUUUGAUAAAUUCAGACUCUAUUGCUUUACAUGGUGAGGCUACGAUAGAUGACGCCCUUCUCCAAGAAGACAAAGCUGAUGAUGCAUCUUCAGGGAUGUACAGUGAAGUUGUCAAGCCAGCAGCAUUCAUUUCAAGACCUGCUGCUAACACCAUAGAAAAGGUUCCCCACAAGGUGUUUCCAGGAGUUGGAGCCCUGUCUUCUGAGCAUAACAGCAUCAGCAUGUGUAGAGAAAACAGCAGGACAGAGCAGAGUGGUCACAUGCCUGAGUCGGCUGUGCCACUGAGAAUAAAUAACACACGUCUACGGGAGGACGUCCUCGACCCUCUGUCCACCUUCAUGAUUCUGAGAUCUCAGCAGAAGUCUUCACUCACUGUAGACCCUCAGAGGUCCGUAGGCACUGCAGCACGAAAUUCAGACCAACAUACAUCCACACCUCCUCCAGAUCAGAUCUACAGACCAGACCGGCUCCCAACAUUUACCAAUGCCGUUUUUUCAGAAAGUGCUACUAAAGAGCAGAAAGUGGUUGAACCGGUGAUUGGUCAGCUGGUCAGUAAUGUCAUUCUAUCAGAACCUCAGGUGAAGCAGGACGACAGAGUAGUUCAGGUUCAAGCUACAGUCAGCCAGCAGCGUGCCUACUUUGAGCUACUAGCCUUCGCUCAGCCUUGUUUGAGCGCAGCUCGAAAGCUGGGGCUCAAGUUUCCUGUGCGGGGGGACUUCAGCUGCCUGGCACCAGACCAGACACAUUUUCUCCUCAAACAGCAGGAGAAGGCGCUUUGCAGCACACAUGCACAGAGUACAGAGCUGGUCGGAGAUCAGAAGCUGCUUUACAACUGGGCAGCUUUGGUCCAUGUGCUGGUGACUUUCAAAGAGUUGCUGCUGAAGUGCAACCUCAGUACUGCACUGGAAUACCUGGAAAAGGUGGAUCAGUCAUGUGCAGAGGAGAGUCUGGAGCAGCUAGUGAAGAAGCUAAAGAUCAUCCUCUUCCUCAGCCUCAAUGACCAAGAGUCCAACCUGAAGCUGCAGGAGCUACAGAAGCUGCUUGCUGCAUGGCUGCACUCCAGGAAAGGACAGGACCACAUAGAGAAAAUUCUGGUCAUAACAUCAGUUGACUCUGACAACAGACCUAUAAUCAACAGCUUGAGCCAAGUGCCUGAUGCGGCUGUAACUGCAGUUUGUCCAGAAGAGAACAAAACCAAACUGAACGGUGCUCGAGUGGUUAGCAGUGUGUGCAACAGUGUGUGUGCUGUGGUGUAUGAGCAGCACAUCGGUCCGGACUUCCCGUGGAGCUGUUUCUCUCUGGUGGUGGAGUACGACCAUCCAGGCCACUCUCCGUGGUCGAUAGUCUGCAGGGAGAGAAGCAUCAGCCACCUCAGCUUCAGCACCGUCCUACAGGACCCUGAGGUAAAGCCAUCGUGGCGCCUGGAGGACAAUGUGCCCUAUGUGUUGGUUGUGACGGACGGGCUUCUUAAUCGUCCACUGUUGCUACAGACACUCGAGUCAGGGUAUAAUGUAAUAGUGCUGGAGAGAAGCCACUGUGCGUCCCUGCAGAUGAUCGGUGGCACAAAUUACUACGAUGUGAUCACAGUGGAUGAAAUCACUGUCAUCAUCAUUCAGCAGCAGGAUGAGCUGUGUCAGGAACGGGCCAGUGAGAGGCUGGUGAUGAGGCUGAGUGCUCUCUCUCUUCAGUACAGCUGCUGUUGGCUCAUCCUGCACUGCCCAGACAUUCAGGAAGGGGGAUUCUCCAGUGAAGCUUUCAGCAACUUGGUUUUAGUUUAUUCAUCUCUGGUGCUGUUUGGGAUGAAGACUGAAGAUCUAGACGUCAAGGUGCUGAUUGUGUCAGAUGUGCUGGAAAUUGCCAAGUGGAUCAACCAGAUCUGCUUCCACAGCCUGAUGUUAAGCGACCGGGAUCCUCUCAGUUACCUGAACAGAGACUGGGUGACUGUGACACCUUCAGAGGUGAAGACAACGUCACAAAACCUUAAGAACAUUUGCCUGCCUACAGAGGAAAUGUGCUUGUUGCAGUUUCCGUGCAUUAACCCUCUGGUUGGACAGCUCAUGCUGAGCAAAGCACCGUCCUUCCAGUGGCUCCUGGGGGCCUCGUUGUCUCAGCUGCAUCAGCUGCUUCCUGAGGUGCCACAUAAAGUCCUCAAGCUGUUCACUGACACCACCUCACUGUACACGCUGCCUGUAGACCUCAACCAGAUCAAUUCUCAGACUGUCACCACAAACCAGCAAACCAGCCCGUGGACCAAAACUGUUGGACCUGAGCACGUAGUCUCUCAGCCCUCCACCAAUCCACAACCAGGUACACUUUAUAAUGACCACAACACCAGCUUCCUUUUUGGAGUCAGGAGGGCAGAGGGAAGCUUCUGUGAACACAGCCCAGACCCAGCAAAGAGUGGAUAUUUCAGGCUUGACCUGAGCUGCCACUCCUUUGGCAGUCCAGAUGUUUUACUGCAGAGGAGCUGGGACAGCAGUCGGGCAGAGAAGACCAGAGACAGAGAGGAAGUAAAGUUUAAUGGGUGGAUAAGCAGAGCUGGAACUGUAGGAAGAGUCGCUGAGAGGGUUAAUGAUGAGUGGACGCUUGGAGCUCCAAGAAAAUACUUACACACAACUGACAGCCCUCUGAAAUUGGACUCCACCUUUGGUCACAGCCCCAUCCUGCAGCAGCCAGUCAGCAGUAAACUGUCCACAUACUCUACAGUCCACGCUGACAUCACACAUGCUGACAGCCAUCACAUUUGCUACAGUCCAAGCCCUGCACCAGACGGCUCACUGUGGGGUCGAGGUCACACUGGCAACCACUGGGCCUCCAGCAAUGGAGGGGGGGCAACACCUUCAAACUACGGUUCUAAAUGCUGGGUAGGACAGGAGAGGAAGAGGAGUGAACAGGCUGCAGGUUUGGUUAGAACAGUGUUGACGCCAUUGAAGAAAUCGAGGCUGAGUUAUGAGUGGAAGCUGUAUGACUUUUAAGAGUAAUGAAAUUCAAGUUCUGUGUUCUAUAAUUUAGGUUUUAGCUCGUUUGUUCUCAUUCACGUUAAAACUGACUGCAGACGUUCAUGUUCUCAUCUUCCAUUAGAUUUUUUAUCUUUAAACAACUCUCCAGAUGAUUCCUGAUUUAGACCUUAUUUAAUUCCUCCUGUUGAACUGCUGUGAACACUGUAAUAAAUACCGACAUAAAAGAUGUAAUUUUAUAAAACAUGUAUUAGCUAUUAAAUUUGUUACAUGAACACACUAAAUCAGCUUGAAGCUACAUUGUAAUUUUUUAAAACAAGUCACAGCAUGUGUAUAUUCUGUUAAAUAAAUUAAAUAAUGAAAUAAGA